AACAGAUUCAAUAAACAACAUCUGUUUAAUUAUUAACUUUCGGCCCAGAAAUUAAAAUUAUCUCUUCUGUUCAACAACGCGGCGAUUAAAAAUAAUAAUAAUAAUCUCUUAGUAGUUGUAAUUGUUGUUGUGAAAAUGAAAAAGAGGGUCGCUAUUAAAAAGAUUACGUGUAUUGUGUGAAGGGAAAAAAUAUAUGUAUGUAUAUUUUUGUCUAAAAUUUCGGUAAUAAAAUGGUCAAUAUGAGAGAAGAGAAACGUGUUGUAACCAAACGCGCCAUCGACUAUGGAACUGUGAGAAGCUACAACUAUACAGGACGCAUGCGUGACUUAAUAGAGGCCUACAAUGCGGCGCUUCAGAUAUUGUGUCCCAAGCGUGCUUGGCAAAUAUUUCCUGGAUAUUUACAAUAUGCCCUUUACAGACGUUAUAUGAAGUAUUUCAAAGACAAAUAUCGCCUAGUGCCCCUGCCUAAUUCUUUAUAUGAACAACUGAUUAAAGAUGAGGACAUAAAAUCAGAACAUAUAGUAUUUGGUUCGGAAGAAAUUUUUGAAGAGUAUGCUGAAUCCAGAGAAGUUAAUUUCAUUAAUAUCACCGUAAGCUGUGGUCGGCCAGACAAAAAUCAUGAUGAUGACGAUAAAAAUGCUGUAUUUCAAAAUGGCAAUGGUGUAGCUACGGGUUCCGAGAGCAAGACACUGGUAAAACAGAUUUUGAAACAAUCGCCGCACACUAUGAUGGUUCAAAUAAUACCCGUGAAAUAUUGCAAAAGCGACUGUCUAUAUGUACAGGAAAAUUUCCAUUCUAACUUAAUGGACCGUUUUAAUGUUACCAAUUCUUCUGCGCGUAGACCUCGCCUAUGGGGCAAAAUUCAACCUCUUAAUGAUGAACAAACUAUACCGCACAUUGCAGUAAAAGCUCAGGUCCACAUAGUUACCAACCCUUAUGAGCUGCCCCCCGAGCUGUCGGACCUUAUUUUAAGCAAUUACUUCGAAACUCCUCGCAUUUUACAUCGUGGACAUACAUAUCGUAUUGAAGUUAAUCCGGAACUUAUAGGCACCGCCCAAUAUGCGCACUAUUAUUUGAUAUUUGCCUAUAUGCAAUUUGUGCACUUCCGCUGUGUUCACUUGGAGGUUAGAAACAAUGACUUCGAAAUGCACGCCGUGGUGGCCAAAGGUAUGACGAAUCUCGUCCAAGUUCCCUGCAAACAUCAAUUCCUGCCCGCCCAGAUAUUGGAUGAUUUUGCAAUUGUUGAAAAUUACCCGAGGGGACUCAGUGGUCCAUACGCUGCUUUGCGCUCAUCAAUAGAUGCCUUUUUGCCAAGAAAGUCAACUUGUUUAUCGUCUAAGCAUAUAAAUCCAAUGUUUAUGCUGCAAGGUGAACGUGGUUCAGGAAAAACCAAGUUGGUGAAUGCGGUGGCAUAUGAUUUGGGCUUGCAUAUUUUCGGUGUAGAUUGUGCUGAAAUAGUGUCACAAGUACCUUCGCAUACUGAGCUCAAGCUGAAAGCCGUUUUCGCAAAGCACCUAGUCAGUGAGCCGCUUCUUAUAUGCUUUCACAAUUUUGAGAUUUUUGGCAUUGAUAAUGAAGGCAAUGAAGAUUUGCGUCUCUUGGCUGCUUUUCAAGUACAAGUCCAAGAACUUUUCUCGAAAAACCGCAAACACCCAGUUAUAGUGGUGGCUUUAACAAAUGACAAAUAUUUAAAGCCAAUGAUCAAUCGAAUGUUUUUGGAAUUGAUCAAGGUGGAGACGCCUACCAAGGAGGAAAGAUACGAAAUUUUGAAAUGGCUUCACAAGCUGGAAGCAUUCAAAAAUAAGGUGUUCAACUUUAGAGAUUUAAAAUCUGUGCCAUUGUUUCCCUUAGACGCGCAAGAGCAAUUCCUACCGAAACUUUAUCCAAAUUGGAUUGCAGCGAAAUCCGUUUUCAAGGAAGUGGCUGAUAAGGCACAAGGAUUUCUUCUGGGUGACCUUAAACAAUUGCAUGAUAGUGUUAUGCGACGGCAUUGGGUCGCCAACAGAGGCUUAAAGCCACUUACAUUUGAACAUUUUGCUGAGAAACUACAUGAAAUGCAAGCAUCAUUUGCUGACAGUUUAGGCGCCCCCAAAGUACCCAAGGUACUGUGGUCCGAUAUUGGUGGUUUAGCUAAGUUGAAAGAUGAAAUUCAAUCUAGUAUUGGGUUGCCUUUGAAACAUGUACAUCUAAUGGGCAAGAAUCUCAGAAGGUCUGGUAUUUUGCUAUAUGGUCCACCUGGAACGGGAAAAACAUUAGUUGCCAAAGCUGUUGCUACCGAAUGCAACCUCAGUUUUCUUUCGGUUCAGGGACCGGAACUACUCAACAUGUAUGUGGGUCAGAGUGAACAAAAUGUAAGAGAAGUUUUCUCACGUGCCAGAUCUGCUGCACCUUGUGUGCUUUUCCUGGAUGAACUGGAUUCUUUAGCACCCAACAGGGGUGUUGCUGGGGAUUCUGGAGGAGUUAUGGAUCGCGUGGUUUCACAAUUACUAGCAGAAAUGGAUGGCAUGGGUAAUGAACCUGGUAAAUCCAUAUUUAUUUUGGCAGCUACAAAUCGGCCCGAUCUAAUCGAUCCCGCUUUGCUAAGGCCCGGACGCUUCGACAAACUUUUCUAUGUUGGCCCUUGCAGCAGUGUUGAAGAUAAGGCUUCUGUCCUCAAGGCACAAACAAGACGUUUUAAUCUAAGUCCCAAAUGUAAUAUGGAGGAAAUUGCUGCCAAGCUCAGAGGUGAAAUGUCUGGUGCUGACCUCUAUUCAAUAUGUUCUAAUGCUUGGCUUUCGGCCGUUCGAAGAACUAUAGAUAGCCAUAUUAAAGGAAAACUUGACGACGAUGACUUGAUUCCGGACAACAUUGUGGUCGAAUCAGAAGAUUUCACAAAAUCAUUUCGCAAAUUUAUACCCUCGAUAAGCCGGGAAGAUUUAGAAUAUUUUAAUAAACUUAAAUCAACAUACAGCGUGUGAUGGUCUCCAAAAAUAUUCUAAAAUUGUGAAAGAUUUAUUUGCUGGAGUGUGCGAUUUUCUUUUGUAGUUAUAUGGCAAUAUUUGCUCUAUUUCAAUGAAUUUAGGUACAAAAAAAGACUAAAGUGGUGACUUGUUGCAGUUAAGGUGUUGGUGUUUUGUUUUAUUUUUUUUUUAAUAAAUUGUUGACUUUUGUAAGUUUUUUGACUUUUAUAAAA